UUGGACGGGCUUGUGCUGGUGGGAGGUUGUGGGCCGUUUAGUCUUUCCCUGCUCCGCCUCCUCCUGACACUGCGGCGCCAUCAUGGGCUUUGGGGACUUGAAAUCUUCCGCGGGGCUCCAGCUACUCAACGCCUUCUUAGCGGAUAAGAGCUACAUCGAGGGGUAUGUCCCAUCCCAGGCGGAUGUCGCAGUAUUUGAAGCAGUUGGUGUUCCCCCUCCCACUGAGCUCUUCCAUGCCCUCCGAUGGUACAACCACAUUAAGUCUUACGAAAGACAAAAGGCAAGUCUGCCUGGAGUGAAGAAAGCUUUGGGAAAAUAUGGUCCUGCAGAUGUUGAAGACACAACAGGUGGAGACAGCAAAGAUGAUGACGACAUUGAUCUAUUUGGCUCUGAUGAAGAAGAGGAAAGCGAAGAAGCAAAAAGAUUAAGGGAGGAGCGGCUUGCUCAGUAUGAAUCCAAGAAAGCCAAAAAACCAACUCUCGUUGCCAAGUCCUCCAUUUUGUUGGAUGUCAAGCCCUGGGAUGACGAGACCGAUAUGGCCAAACUGGAGGAGUGCGUCAGAAGCAUUCAGGCCGAUGGCCUGGUUUGGGGCUCUUCAAAACUGGUUCCAGUUGGUUAUGGAAUCAAGAAGCUUCAAAUUCAGUGUGUAGUAGAAGAUGAUAAAGUUGGAACUGAUCUGUUGGAAGAGAAGAUCACGGAAUUUGAAGAUUUUGUACAAUCAAUGGACGUAGCAGCUUUCAACAAAAUCUAAGUCCUGGUAGCAUCAAGAAUAAAACUAUUGCAACACCCA